AUGGGGUUUGAUACUAAUCGAGUAGACGAAUCAACUCAAAACAUCUUAUCAAUUCCUAAUAUCAAAGUGUUGGUUGUGGAGGGAGACUCAGCUUGUCUAGCAGUUACAUCCAAAAUUCUCCAUUCCCUUGGAUAUGAAGGUGUAAUUGCUGCACAAGGAUCCAGUGCGUUAUCCAUUGUUGAGCAAAUGAAGAACAAGCUUCACUUUGUGCUCAUGGAGGUUCAUUUGCCUGACAUGGGAAGACAUGAGAUCAUCAAGAAAAUGAGAGAAGCCUGCAGUUUGCCAUUUUUCAUUAUGUCAGCUGAUGCUAAGCACAUUCCAGUUGUGGGAGCAUCCGCUGAAGGGGCUGAACAUCAUUUCAUAAAGCCGGUUAUGGUUGCUGAUUUAAGGGGCCUAUGGCAGUUUACUGCAAGGAGGGACAAAACUGAUAAAGCAAUGGAGGUGGAUAAAUCAAAGGGCAAUAAAAAUAUACCAGACAAGGGCAUAAGACUCCAACCAUGCUUGGAAACAGGGAAUCGGAGCCUCCAGCGUGCAAAAAGGAAAGAGCCAGAACCGCUUGACAAAGCUGAAGAGGGAGAAACCAUUGAACUGAAAAGGCAAAAGUUGACAUGGGCUUUCAAUCUGCAUCACAAGUUCAUGGAAUCCAUCGGAUUAUUAGGAGUCUCUGCUUGUCCAAAGAAAAUACUGGAACAUCUGAACGUGCCAGGUCUUAUAAAAGACGCAGUUUCAAGUUAUUUUCAGAAGUUUCAUCUCUCUUUGAAACAAGAAGAGAAAGAAACCAAGGAUUCAUUUUAUUUACAUCAACGAUCAGGACACCUGUCUCAGACAAAUUACCUGCAAGUAUCGGAGCAGCAAUAUGCGACCCAUCAAACUGACUCCUUCAGCAACUGUGCAAAUGAUCCCAUUAGUUUUGCAUACAUGCAUUGUCCUGAUGCUUCAAAUUUUCUUCCCCAGGAAAUUUGGACCUGCCAAGAGUCAAAUUAUGGGCAAAAUCAAUUGACCCCUGGUUGCAAUAAUGCACAAGACAUUCUCAUGCUCACUAAUACUGCCCCAAGCGAGAAGGAAUAUGCAGGUUCAAGCCGUGUUGAAAGUGGUGAAGGAAUUUUCGAAAGUGACUCAUUUCUCUCCCAUUUUGGUUAUAAUGAUGAAGGAAAUGAAAUGCUUUACUCAACAAUGCUAGCUAGUUACAUGGACCAACUUCUCCUGAAACCACUGCUCCCAUUUCCUCUCCCGCCAUUUAUGGUCGAAGAAUAUGGGAUGUUAGAGGACAUCCAUGGCCUUAUAGAUUUUCCAAAAGGAGCUGACCAGUUCAGUGACGAUGAGGACUUCAAGCUCUGGUUAUCAACUUUAUAAUUGAGGCCAGUCAAGGAGGUUCAAAAGAGGCAGCGGCAAGGCUAGAGACAGCCGUUGGGCAGCAUUAUAUGAGGAGUAAGAAAUAUACAUGUAAGAAAGAUGGAGCAGAAUUUUAUGGGCUGGAUGCAUAUGGAUUCCUUGUACUGCUUUUGUGGUUGAAGUGAAUGCUAUAUGUUGCAUGAACAUAGAAUAAGCAACAAAAACCGUUGUUGUUAUAUGAUGAGCUCAGGAACAUUAGAAUCCGAUCUGACUAUAUAUUUCCCAUGCAUGCUCUAUUUUCUUUGCAUACUCCCUUCCUACUCUCAGCUUAGAGAUGGUUUGCGUGCAUGGCCACCACGUAUCAUGAUCAAUCCACAAUAAUGAGUCAUAAACCGACCUCUAUAUUGAAGGGUGGCUUAGUAUCUGCAAUUGUGGUGCCUAGUCUCUUUACAAUUAUUAAGCCAAUCUCAGU